AUGAGUGACAUGCUUUGGGCUCGCUACAUGAUCUCCAAAUAUGUAACGACAACAGGGCAUGCGGCCAUAGCGUCAAUAAAGCCCUCAAACUCGCAGACUUGGAGAAGAAUGAUAGGAGUGCGUGACUUCAUGGUACUGCACAUGCAAACGCUAGUUCGAGAUGGCAGCUUAUCCUUCUGGUUCGACAACUGGUUGGGGACGGGACCGCUAGCUGAAGGCAAACAAGGGACACCAUCUUCGAGUUUGGUAAUUAAAAACUUGAUCGCAGGUGCAGAAUGGAAGCUAGACCGAGUCGACGAAGCACUAACGGAAGAGGACAGAAGGAAGAUCCUAAACUUUCGUAUUCACCAUUCAACAGACUGGGAUCAGUAUGUCUGGACAGCUACUCCAGAUGGCAAAUUUAAAAUCCAAAUGGCUUUGGAGAGGCUCCGCAAGUCGACUAAUCCUUUAAUCUCAAGGAAACUCAUAUGGAACCGGCGUAUCCCCCUCAAACUCUCUAUUUUCAUGUGGUGCCUACUGAAUCAUUUGCUUCCUUUUCCCGACAUGUUAUAG